AUGAUUUUCCUGCUCCUUCUGACCCUUCCCCUCCUGGGAAACUCAGUCCCUGUGAUUCGAGAUAAGCAGGAGACUAGGAUUGCUGGGGGCGUUGAUGCUCAGGAGAGAGAAUGGCCAUGGCAGAUCAGUCUGAGGAAAAAUGUUGAUGAUUUCUGGAUACAUGUCUGUGGGGGCUCUCUCAUCGACCCCAGUUGGGUCCUGACUGCUGCCCACUGUUUUCCUGGAUAUGGAAAGGAAACUUCACAAUAUAUGAUCCAAUUGAGGCAACAGAAUCUAUAUGAAGAUGACAACUUGGUGCCCCUGGAAGAGAUCAUCAUUCACCCUAAGUAUACUGAUUUCAGGUCAAGCUCUGACCUAGCCCUGCUAAAACUCCAGUCCCCUGUCCAGCUGAAUGCGAAUGUCCAAACCAUCAUGCUCCCUGAAGCCUCGCAGAUCUUCACUCCAGACAUGGAAUGCUGGGUCUCUGGUUGGGGGGACAUUGGAUUUGGAG